AUGCGCACCGAAACCCUCAGCCGGGUGUGCUCCCGGAGGUCAGGUCUCUCGGCACUUUUAUUCUCCUGGCUCCAUCCCGGGUCUGUGGGGACCAACUUAAGUUGGUGGCAGUGCUGCUCCUGUCUCCCCUCUGUCCCGUGGGAUCCCGCCGCCGUGGGACGGGCGGGAAGGGGCCCUUAUCUCGCUUCUGCAGGCUGGGGCGCGAAGGCGGUGGAGGAAGCCACCAGGCAGGAGCCGGGGGAGCGAGGCCAGCAGUUGGCCUUCUUCAUCCGCUCGGGACGGCGAGAGUGGAGGAGCCGCUUGCCAAAGCAAACUUCAGCCCUGACAAUUGCCAUUAUUGUUAACACUGUGAAUCCCUGUUGCUAUUUCCCCUGCCAGCACCAAGGGGUGUGCAUGAGGGUCGGCCUGGGCGGGUACGAGUGUGACUGCACGCGGACGGGAUACUUCGGGGCCAACUGUACCUCCCCUGAGCUCUGGACGCGCCUCCACAACCUGCUGAAGCCCAGUCCUGCCUUCUACCACUUCGUCCUGACCCACUUCAGGUGGUUUUGGAACAUAAUCAACAGCACCUUCAUCAGGGACACGCUCAUGAGGCUGGUGCUCACAGUUCGUGCCAAUCUCAUCCCCAGCCCCCCCACCUUCAACUCUGACUACGGCUACAUCAGCUGGGAGGCCUACGCCAACGUCAGCUAUUACACCCGUGUCCUCCCACCUGUGCCGGACAACUGCCCGACGCCCAUGGGGACCAAAGGGAAGCAGCAGCUCCCCGACCCCCAGCUCCUGGCGGAGAGGUUCCUGCUGCGGCAGAAGUUUGAAGCCGAUCCCCAAGGCACCAACCUGAUGUUUGCCUUCUUCGCCCAGCAUUUCACCCACCAGUUCUUCAAGACGUCCGGGAAGAUGGGACGUGGCUUCACCAAGGCGCUGGGGCACGGGGCUUUCACCGGCAUGGUUUUCUCCCCUGCUCCCUUUCUGCCAUCCCAUUCUUGUCUCCCUAAGGUGGUGGAUGGAGAGAUGUACCCCCCCAUGGUCACCGAUGCUCCGGUCCACAUGGUCUACCCGUCUGCUGUUCCCAAGGAGAAGCAGCUGGCGAUGGGGCAGGAGGUGUUUGGGCUGCUGCCGGGGCUCUGCAUGUACACCACACUCUGGCUGCGCGAGCACAACCGCGUCUGCGACAUACUGAAACGGGAGCAUCCCACCUGGAGCGACGAGCAGCUCUUCCAGACGGCUCGUCUCAUCCUCAUCGGGGAGACCAUUAAGAUCGUCAUUGAAGACUACGUCCAGCAUCUCAGCGGGUACUUCCUCAGCCUCAAGUUUGACCCUGAGCUGCUGUUUGGGACGCAGUUCCAGUACCGGAAUCGCAUCGCGGUGGAGUUCAACCAGCUCUAUCACUGGCAUGGGCUGAUGCCUGACUCCUUCAUCAUCCAAGGGGAAGAGUACAGCUAUGAGCAGUUCCUCUACAACACUUCCAUGCUGAUAGACUACGGCGUGGAGGCGCUGGUGGAGUCCUUUUCCAAGCAGAUUGCAGGAAGGAUCGGUGGGGGAAAAACCAUCAACGCUAACGUCUUGAAAGUGGCCAUUGGGGUCAUCAAGGAAUCCCGGCAGCUGAGGCUACAGCCAUUUAAUCGGAAGAGGUUUGGCAUGAAGCCCUACAAGACCUUUCAGGAGCUAACAGGAGAGGAAGAGACGGCGGCAGAGCUGGAAGAGCUAUAUGGAGACAUCGAUGCUCUGGAGUUUUAUCUGGGCUUGCUGCUUGAGAAACCUCAGCCCAAUGGUAUUUUUGGAGAAAGCAUGGUGGAGAUAGGAGCUCCGUUUUCCCUGAAGGGGCUUCUUGGAAACCCCAUCUGCUCCCCAGAGUACUGGAAACCCAGUACCUUUGGCGGAGCAACUGGCUUUGAGAUAGUUAAGACAGCAUCACUCGAGAAACUCGUGUGCCUCAAUGUGAAGAAGUGCCCAUACGUGGCAUUCCGUGUGCCAGAUGCUGCAGAAAACGGCAGCCCUAAGGCUGGUGGAUCAUCUACUGAGCUCUAGCACCAGGACAGCCUGCCCAGGUAGAGACCGUCCUUGCCCAGGCGCUGGCUGAGCGAAGCUCCCAGCCUGGGGCUGAAUUCCCGUUCCUUCUCGCAGGGAGCGGCAGGGACCUGCCCACCCCAGUGCGGAGCGGGAGCGGGAGCAGGAGCAGGACAGAAGAUGGUCCCACCCUGGGCAUCCUGCACACCAGCCCUUGAGGAGAGGCUGGUACCACCCAGCACUGUGAAAAGCUCGAGCGCCUCAGGAGUGUGGCUGCCGCUGCUGUCCUCAACAGACCCAGUUCUCUUGCUAGCGAAUACCUUGCACUAAGCCAGCUUUGGGGUUCCCCAAGGGAUGCCCACUUCUCCAGGACGCUCUGGACUCCCCCACACUUUGUCACCCUCCAUCCCUGCAGCUUUCCAGCACCAGGCCACCAGCAGCCCCUCUUCUGCAGGCUUUCCCCGCUCAGGACAGAGGAGCCCGGGGAGCCCUCGCAGCCCUUCCUCCUCUGCUGCACCCGGUUAAGCCGCUGAGCUCCCCCAGGGAGGCGCAGGAGGCAGGUGGCAGCAUGCAGAGGGAUGGGGGGGACACGCCGUAGGUGUUCACGCUGGCCCAGCGGUGGCUGAGCUUGCAGUAAGAACCUGCCCUGAUUCGCUUCUCCUGCAGCCGCUCCGGACUGCCCACCCCAGCCUGCCCAGCACACGGACGUAGCCGAGACACAGCCAAGAAAAAAGAACCAAAGCAAAAUCUCUGUGGGAGGAGACCAGGAGAGAAGCAUCAGAUCAGACCCCCUGCUGGGACCCCAGCACACACCGCCGGCCACCUGAGCGGGGCUGCUCGGAGCAAGAUGCUCUGUGCAAACACAGCGAUGAAGUCUCUUCCAUCCUGGGAUCAUUACACUUCCCUGCAUUAAUAGCUCAGCAAAUGGCAUCCCCAAGGCACACAGAGCCCGCUUCUGUCCUGCUCCAGAAACGCACGCAGAUGCCAGCCCUCGCUGACGUAACGACACGGUAGCUGGCAGCCACUGUCACUGUCAGAUCCCGGUUCACCUGCAGGAGAAGGGACAGUUACAAUAAUAAAUGAUUUUAAAAACUCCUCUCAUUUCCUCCAGCCAGUUUUGAAGCUUUGUCUCGCCCGCAGC